AUGGCUUACUUAUUUUAUUACUGGUUUGCAAGAGUUAAUGGAUUUGCCGCAAGAAAGAGCAAGAUUUUGAGAAAUAUUAAGGGGGAAAAAUUACAACAAACAUUUGUUUGUUUCAAGGAAGGAUUUAGAGAUAACCGUGGUUUGAACAUACAGAAUCGAAAGCGAAAGCAAACACCGGAGACAAGGUGCGGAUGUGAAGCAAAACUAAGAGUGCAUAUUGAUAGCAGAUGUGGACUAUGGUACAUUACAUAUUUUGUGGAUGACCACAACCAUAGUCUUUUGGAAGAUAAGUAUUGUAGAAUGUUAGCUUCUCAUAGAGAUAUGAGUGAGUUAGAUAUAAUGCAGUUGAAUAAAAUGAGAAAAGUUGGCAUAAGUAGUCCUCAAAUUUAUGGGUCACUUGCAGAUCAGCCUGGAGGGUAUGAGAGACUUUCUUUUUGUAAAAAGGACAUAUACAAUCAAAUUGGAAGGCAAAGAAGGUUGCAAGGUUUGGAUUCAAAAUGUGCGUUGGAAUUUUUGAAUGGUUUAAAACGCAGUGAUCCUUUAAUGUAUGUUGGUCACACUGUUGAUGAGGAAAACAGAUUGCAACAUUUGUUCUGGUGUGAUGGCAUGAUGCAGAUGGAGUAUGAAGUUUUUGGUGAUGUGUUAGCAUUUGAUGCAACCUAUGGGAAAAAUAAGUAUUUAUGUCCUGUAGUUGUAUUUUCUGGUGUUAAUCAUCACAAUCAUACGAUAGUAUUUGGGAGUGCUAUUGUUUCAAAUGAAACUGUAGAAACAUAUAUAUGGGUACUUGGGCAAUUUGUAGAAGCCAUGAAAGGAAAGUCUCCAAUGUCUAUUAUCACUGAUGGUGAUGUUGCAAUGAAAAAUGCGAUAAGAAAGGUAUUUCCUAAUUCACAGCAUAGAUUGUGUGCAUGGCACUUAUUAAGGAAUGCGACAACUAACAUUAAGAAGCCAGCAUUUACAAAGGAUCUAAGAAAAUGCAUGUUGGGUGAGUAUGAAAUUGGUGAAUUUCGAAAGAAGUGGUCUGAAAUGUUGAACAAGUUUGAGUUUCAUGAUCAUCCUUGGGUUAUAGAGUUAUUUGAAAAGAGGAAGAUGUGGUGUACAACUUAUAUUAGAGGGGCUUUCUUUGCUGGUUUUAGGGCAACUUCUCGGUGUGAAGGAUUACAUUCUGAGUUGAAAAAAUAUAUUCAUCCGAAGAUUAAUCUCACGGAGUUUGUUCAACAAUUUAAUCGUCUUGUGAGUUAUAUGCGUUAUAGGGAAGUUGAAGCUGACUUUGCAUCAAUUCAUGGUGAUCAUGUUCCAGAAACAGAUUUUCAUAACCUUGAGCUAUCGGGGGCAAAGUGUUAUACGAAAGAAAUAUUCAAAUUAUUUCGUGAUCAGCUUCAUAGUUCAUGUUUGAUGAGGGUGAUUGGUUGCAAGCAGACAUUUGGUUGUUGUAUAUACAUAGUGAGAAAAUAUGAAAUGAUUCACAAACAAUGGCAUGUGUCAUAUCAAUCAACACCGUGUGAUUUGAAGUGUUCAUGCUUAAGAAUGAAAUCAGUUGGCAUUCCAUGUGAUCAUAUACUUGCAGUGUUGGUUCAUCUGAAUUUAUCAGAGUUACCAAAAUGUUUGGUGUUAAAAAGGUGGACUAAGGUGGCGAAGGAUGAAGUGAAGGGCAAUGUUAGUACACGUAGGUGGGACUCUGAGAAAGAUGCUAGAUACUUGUCAUUAAUGGAGUAUUUUAAAGAGCUUAGUACUUUGGCAUGUGAAACAUAUGAUGAUUAUGUUGAUAAAAGGGAUAAAGUUGUAAAUGAAUUAGUUGAAACAAGAGGUAAAAAAGGUCAUGAAUCUCAAGAAGGCAAUGCAUUGGGUGAUGAAUUAAGUGUAGUUAUAAGAAAUCCUGCCAUUGCUAGAAGUAAAGGAAGGUCCGUUGUUGAAGGUUCAUGGUGCAAAG